AUGAGAUAAUUUAGCGGGUCACGGAAUAGAAGAGGAGGGAAUAGAAGAGGCAGAGAUUUUAGAGGAGGAAACCAAAAUUUCAGAAACUCUAGAGGGAACGAUUCUAGACCUAAUAAUUAAUAACGAAAUUUCAAAAAUAAAAAAUUUAGAGGAUAGUCAAAUUAAAAUCAAAAUCAAAAUCAAGGUUUUGAUAGAUAAAGAAAUCAAAAUUAAUAAAGAAGAAAUUAAACUUAAAGAGGAGGUGGAAAUAAUUAAGGAUUUUAAUAAUAAGGUGCUUAGCGAAGAAGAAGACUGGGCUUUAAAUAAAAAAAUUAAAAUGGUGAAAAGAGAGAUAAUUAAAGAUUCAUUAAGACAGGAAGAAGAAAGAAUUAACUAAAUUCUGAAGUUCUUAAAAUUGCAAAAGAUAUCUAGAGAAAAAAUAAAAUGGAAGCACAGUUAGACAAGUAUUGGAAGAAAGCAGAACAAAAUAAUAACGAAGAAAAACCUGCUCAAGAAAUAAACAUUGAUAAAUGA